AUGGCUAACCCACGACAGAGACGAAAGGCCCGUUCUGGAUCUCACUCGGCUGUUAAGCAGUCGAGGAGAGCAAAGAAGAACUUGCGGAAACACCCAGCUAUAAAGGGACCCAAGGCCUUGCAAGAUGCUUGGGAUAAGAAGAAAACGGUUAAACAAAACUAUGAAGCCAUGGGCCUGGCACAUUCCCUGAAUCCAGUCGCUCAAGGUGGCACAGAAAAGAUUUUGGUGGCCCCAAAUUCCGAACCAAAUACCACAUCUACUCUUGUUUCUCAGCCCAAGCCUAUCCCUCAAGGUCGUGGAAGGAUUAUCAGGGACGAGAACGGCACCGUGAUAGGCAUAGAGUUACCUGAAGAGCCUGAGGCUCCAGUCGUUAGCCAAAAAGGAAAGGGAGGGGUGACAUGGGGUGAAGCGAUGGACGAUUCGGACGAAGAAGCGGAGAAGAUGAUCUCUCCAGAGGCCUUGAGCUGGGUUAAGAUCGGCAAAGUGACUUCGAAGGAGGAACCUGUGCAAUCAGGCCUUGGGAUCAAUCAAAAAAAGACAGGGAAGGAGGUUGUCGGCGCCUUGGAGAAAUUGUCGGCGUCCGGUGUCAAGACCCAACGGCAUGCCAGCAUGCACGAAGUUGUCUGGCUAAAAGAGUUGGUUGCCGCUCACGGAACAGAUAUCGCCGCGAUGGCUCAUGACCUGAAGCGAAACGUCUGGCAAAAAACCCCUGGAGAACUCAAAAGAGCGAUAGACAAGGCUGGUGGUUUUGAGAAAUUAAAGGCCGCCUAA